AUGACCCUGAAGGGCGGCACGAGCCAGGCUUGCGCCGCAUGUAGGUUCCAGAGGAGGAAGUGCACGGACGAGUGUCAGCUCAAGCCUUACUUCCCUGCUGACAACCCCAAGAUAUUCCAGAAUGCGCACAAAUUGUUCGGCGUGUGCAACAUAGUGAAGAUUCUAAAGAAGCUCGACCAGGUACAAAAGAUGGAGGCCAUGAGGUCCAUCAUAUUCCAAGCUGAGAUCCGUGAAAAGUACCCUGUCCACGGGUGCUGCGGCGUAAUUUCCCAACUCCAGUACCAGAUACGCCACGUGGAGGAAGAACUCUACGCCGUCCUCGCACAAAUUGCAUUUUUCCGACAACAGAGUAACCAGCAGAACGAGAUCGAAUCGGUCCAUGAUUCUACAUCGCAGAUACAAGCGCUGUCUCUCUUCCACCAGGAGGCUGCUCCACCCCAGCAGCAGCCUCCUGUCAAUGCAUUGCCCAUGGCAUCACAUCAGGGUUACCCAAAUUGCAACAAUGUGGUUGCUUAUAAUAACUCUGGGUACCUUGAUAAGGACAACGUAGUCAAUUCCCUUUGGGUCCAGAAUCCAUAUAGUGGGGAUAACAACAGCAUCAACAAUCCAAUGGUAAUGCAAUCUCAAUUAGUACCCUCAUCACAGUUAAAUAUCCAACAAGAGCCUGCCCAAGAGUAUGAUGAGAUGCAUCCAUUCUUUGACACCAUCGAUGACAGACAAUCCUACAUAGAUUCCAAGGACGCUUAUGAUUCAAGCUCUGACUCAUCGUUGAAAGAUACAACACAGUCCGUUGACCAUGUCGCUGACAACGAGCUAAAGAGUGCCGCUGCAUGCUUCCGCCUUACCAGUGUCAACUGAUGAAAUACCCAGGAAAAAAAGAUUACGGAGAUGAGUAGCAGACUGGCCUUACUCCUAUUCUGAUUCAAUUUUGUUUUCCUGUUUUCAAAUUGAUUUCCCAGACUUAAUUUCCAAAUUUUUAGUGCUUAUUCCGUUCUAUUCUAGUCGUCUUUGUUUUUUUCGUAUCCUUUAGUAUUGCAGAGUUGAGUCACUUACAUAUAUUUCUUUUUGUUUCGAACACCUGCAAUUUAUAGUUUGAAAGAGUUCAAUAUCUUAAUAUGACAUGCAAUAUAAUGCUGCAUUUUAAUGUUUGUG